ACUGCUGCCUGAGGAUCUCAACAAGGGACAAACCAAUGAAAUUGAGCAGGUGAUUGACAGGUCACAUUGCAGAAGGCGAGAGGGAGGAGUGAAACCGGUUUGGCAGGAAGAGCACUUACCUUGUGGCUGAAUAACUGCCAAUGGAAUUCACACAUUAAGCCGCCGCCCUGUUACUGUUCCCUACUCCACACUGGGGUGCCUGGGAGACCCGUAAUUAGCGCUGCCUUUCCUGGUUCUGGUUUCCCGAGAGUUCAAACAUAUUCCUCGUUAGUUAGAAGAGGCGACAUUGGAAUGUUACAAAACGUGACUCCAUGGGGCGUAGUCGGUGCUACAGGCUCUAUAGAUACGCGGAGGCUCAUGUAUCUCACAUUCGCCUGGGACGGACCAUGAGCAUGGAGAUGCCCCGAGCCCCUGGCUGUUACCCCAUACUGAAUGAGCCUCCUCUGGAAUAUGAUUCCGUGUAUAUCGACCCUCCUGCCUGCGAGUCUCUUGACCCAUCAUCCAUCGACCCAACGUUGCCUCAAUAUCAACCUUCUCCUCAACCCUCAACUGCCCAGGACGAGUCUUCUAGACCAUCUCCCCCAGGCAACCAUGAGACUCCACCACCGUAUUCCAUUACCAAUUCCCAUCAUGCAUCACCACAGGCCCCUGCCCACUGCCAGCUUGGAGGCACCAAAGAACUGAGGGCAACUAACUUCUGCAUAGUCUUCUCAUUUAUCAACUUUCUUCUCUUCCCCCUAAUUGGAGUGUUUUGCAUCAUUAAGGCAUUUAAGGUGAUUUGGUUCAGGCACAGAGGAGAACCUGACAAGGUGGAGAAGCUGAGUGUGGAUCUGUAUCAUACAAAUAAACUUUUCUUCUUCCUCUGCCUCCUAUUGGGUAUCUUUUACACUUCUAUGAUUCUCAUCAUUGUUUUGACCCCCAAAGGUCAAAACAGCUCAGCAUCCUUCUAUUCGCCAGUGCACUAUUGGCCCUAAUAAUAUUUUAAUAUUUAUUUGGUACUUAUGUAUCAUCUCUGUUUAUUUAUCACCUGGGGAGUCUUUAGCCACAUUUCUCCUCUCGUGUCCCGGGAAUUUGCAGAUCCAUCGGCCCAGAAUGUCCAUCCAUUAGUCUCAAUGGGAUCCUGAAUGUUGGGCUUUGAUGUAUGUUCUAUAGCAGGUCCGAACAGACAUGGAUGAGUUGAUGGUGGGUUACGCCAUGUAUCGGUCAUGGACUGUCAUUGGUACAUACCAAGGAGCCGCCAUUUUGUGAUUUGCCCUAAGCAUGUUGAGUUCAGUUGGCUGGUUCUGUAUUUGCCAAAGAAUAUAUCUCAGAGGGGUUCAAUGUUGUUUAUAUUCCCAAUAUUCACUGUAUGGCCAAAAAUAUGCUGACCCCCUACCUGCCCAACAUCUCAUUCCCAACCCAAGGGGAUAUAUGAAGUUGCCCCACUCUUUGCUGCUAUAAAUGCCCCUGCCCUUCUGGGAAGGUUCCCACUAGAUGUUGCUGGGAGUUGCUCCCAUUCAGCCACAAGGGCAUUAGUG